UUUGCCGUUCAUAGUUUGUGUGGUUGACGUGUUUGUUAAGUUUUUCUCCAACAAACUAAAUUAUCAAAUCUUUAUGCGAUGUACAAUUAAUCAGGAUUAAUAAAAAAAUUAAUUACAAAUAUUGCGUGCUCACAUAAUUAUAAAUUGGUGAGGAUAUUUCGAUAACAAAUCAACAGCGUUCUCUUCAAAUUGAAAUUUUGAAAAUGCCCGAGAUGUCUGUGACUAAAUCGACGAAGAGAGUUUACAAGGUGCCUGAACCUGGAGAAGAGAUUGUUAUCUCUGGCAUAGCCGGUAGAUUUCCGGAUUCCGACAACAUGGAAGAACUCAAAAAUAAUCUAUUGAAUAAAGUAGACUUGGUCUCGGGCGAUGCCCGGCGAUGGAAAUUAGAUCACCCGGAAAUUCCCCAGCGAACCGGAAAGAUUAACAAUGUUGGUAAAUUCGAUGCGCUAUUCUUUGGAGUCCAUUUCAAACAGGCUCAAACAAUGGACCCGAUGUGCAGAAUGUUACUGGAACACGCUUAUGAAGCUAUUAUCGAUGCAGGAAUAAAUCCGAAGCAGUUACGUGGAUCGCGAACGGGUGUCUUUAUAGGCGCGAGUUUUUCGGAGUCUGAGAAAACCUGGUUUUAUGAAAAGUUACAGAUAAACGGUUUUGGAAUUACCGGAUGCAGCAGAGCCAUGUUGGCGAAUAGGAUUUCCUAUUGGCUGGGAGCAAUUGGACCUUCUUAUACUUUGGACUCUGCUUGUAGCUCGAGUUUGUACGCUCUGGAGCAUGCUUAUCGGUGCAUGCAAGACGGUCAAUGCGAUGCCGCUAUCGUGGGUGGAUCGAAUCUAUGUCUACAUCCCUAUGUAUCGCUGCAAUUUUCUCGCCUUGGGGUUUUGUCGCCCGACGGUCGCUGCAAAGUCUUUGACACCGACGCGGAUGGUUACGCUCGCAGCGAGACGAUCGCCGUUGUGUAUCUGCAAAAGGCGAAAGACGCGAAACGAAUAUAUGCCACGGUCGUUUAUGGCAAGACAAAUUGUGACGGUUACAAAAAGCAAGGCAUCACGUUUCCGUCGAGCGAAAUGCAAGGCAUGCUAAUGCGAGAAUGCUACAAUGAUUGCGGUUUAUCUCCAUCCAGUCUAUCUUAUCUAGAAUGUCACGGUACUGGUUCUAAAAUCGGUGAUCCUGAGGAGAUUUAUGCGAUUGACUCUGUCUUCGGUAAAGACAGAAAUACUCCUCUCCUGAUUGGUUCCGUCAAGUCAAAUCUGGGUCAUUCUGAGCCCGCUAGCAGUCUUUGCCAAGUUGCCAAGGUAUUAAUAGCGAUGGAAACUGGAACAAUCCCGCCUAAUUUGCAUUAUAAUCGGCCACGAGAAGGUGUGAAAGCCCUUGAAGAAGGCAGAUUCAAAGUCGUUACCGAAACAACACCUUGGGAAGGUGGUUAUGUAGGAAUUAAUUCGUUUGGUUUCGGAGGUGCCAAUUGUCAUGUCAUACUAAAAUCCAAUCCGAAGAAGAAAAUCAAUAACGGAGCUCCAUCUGAUGAUUUACCGAGACUGGUAAUAGUGUCUGGACGUACCGAGGAAUCUGUCAAAGUAUUCUUAGACGAUAUUGAGAGACAUCCAGUAGACGUUGAAUAUAUUCGCUUAUUGCAUGACAUACACACUGAUGAUAUUCAAGGACACUUGUAUCGAGGAUACACGAUCGUCGGAUCAAAGACGGCGGAACAUCCUCCACGAGAAACGGAAAAUUAUUUGGGAACGAAGAGACCGAUCUGGUUCGUGUUUUCUGGAAUGGGAUCACAAUGGCCCGGCAUGGGUAUUGAUUUAAUGAGAUUCCCUGUCUUUGCUAAAGCCGUUCAGAAAUGUGACGAUAUCUUACGACCUCGCGGUGUAGAUAUUAUUAAUAUUUUGACAAACAAGGACAAAUCUACUUUUGACAAUAUCUUAAAUUCGUUUGUGGGUAUCGCGGCGGUACAGAUUGGUUUAGUCGAUCUACUCACCUCACUGGGUAUCGUGCCGGAUAACAUUAUCGGUCAUUCGGUCGGAGAGCUCGGUUGCGCUUAUGCAGACGGAACCAUCACCGCCGAACAAAUGAUCCUAUCAUCGUACUCGAGAGGUUUAGCAUCCAUUGAAACCAAAGUAAUUUAUGGCUCGAUGGCAGCGAUUGGUCUUGGUUACGAAGAUAUCAAAGAUAUGUGUCCAUCGGAUAUUGAAGUGGCAUGUCAUAAUGCUUCAGACAGCAGCACUCUCAGCGGACCUGCAGAAUCCAUGAAGGAAUUUGUUGCUGAAUUACAGGGUAAGAAAAUCUUCGCGAAGGAAGUGGCCUGUAGCAACAUACCUUAUCAUAGUCGUUACAUCGCGCCCGCUGGAUCGAAACUGCUGGCUUACUUGAGCAAAAUAAUACCUCAGCCUAAACCGCGCAGCCGAAAAUGGUUGAGCACGUCUGUGCCUCGCAGCAAAUGGUCCACAGCAGCCGCCAAGUUAUCAUCCGCCGAGUACCAUACUAAUAAUCUUUUGAAUCCCGUACUGUUUGAAGAAACGGCUCGUAUGAUUCCGAAGGACGCAGUGACUAUCGAGAUCGCGCCCCAUGGCCUCCUACAGGCGAUCUUGAGGCGAUCUCUCGGUAAGGGAGUCACAAAUAUUGCGCUCACUCAACGUGAUCACAGGGACAACGCCGAGGUUGUUCUACAAGCGAUCGGAAAACUCUACAACAAUGGAUUACAACCGGAGAUCGCGAAUCUUUACCCGCCUAUUGAGUUUCCGGUUAGCUGUGGUACCCCGAUGAUCUCGCCUUCAGUUAGAUGGGAACAUUCCGAUGACUGGUAUGUAACGACGUUUAAGAUGCAAAAAAAAGUCAUUUCCGGGGAGAGAAACGUUAAUUUAACAUUAUUGGAUGAAAACUAUGAAUAUAUGUCCGGCCAUGUCAUUAAUGAAGAAAACUGGAUACCUGCCAUAGGAUAUCUUGCUCUAGCUUGGGAAACUCUAGGUUUACUGCAAGCAAAAACACAUACAGAACUAUCGGUCGUCUUUGAAGAUAUCAUUUUCAUGCGUGCUGUUCAGUUUCCAAAAGAAGGCGAAGUCAAGUUAACGGUGAUGGUUCAGAAAGGCACUGGAAGGUUUGAAGUAUCAGAAGGCGGUAAAGCGGUUGCGAGCGGAGUAAUUCGCGUUACAAAGAAUCCCGCGCAGGAAAAGAUAGCGGUCGCAAUUUUGCCGCAAGAUGAAGGCGAAGAGGAAGUGAUGACCACUAAGGAUAUCUACAAAGAGCUAAGACUACGCGGUUAUCAAUAUUCAGGUAUUUUCCGCUCUUUGAGAAGUGCAUCGAUUUCAGGAACAAAGGGACACAUUGCUUGGAUGAGUAAUUGGGUGACGUUCCUUGAUAACAUGCUGCAAAUAAUGAUGUUGGGACUGGACACUAGAAAUUUGUACAUCCCAACGAAAAUACGAAAGAUCGUAAUUGAUACCAAGCUUCAUCAGCAGGAGAUCCGAAAGCUAGACGUGGAAGAUAGACAACUUCCGGUACACGUAUAUAAACAAUGGGAGACUGUAAUAUCGGGUGGGGUCGAGAUUCGUGGCGUCAAGUCCAAAGCCAUAUCUCGCCGACUGCCGGCGAGUGAACCGGUUCUCGAGGAGUACAAAUUUGUGGCAUAUCGCGAUAGAGCGCAGAUAUCCCUGCAAGAAGCGAUCAGAUUGGCCAUACAUAUCGCAAUUGAGUAUCAUCAGGCUAUUCACGUGAAAACUAUUGAACUGAUCGAUGAUUCUGAUAAUGUGACAGCUAAUGAAUUGGCAUCACCUAUACUCACAAAGAUUCUGGCUGACUUACCCUUGAUUCAAGCGAAUGUGCUUUUGUCAGCAUCACCUAAUCGAUUCGAUGAUGACGUCUUAUCACCAAAUGUAACUUCUGUAGAUUCUCUGUCUAAUGAAGAAAACGCUUUGUUUGCUAUUGGUAUCGAUCUUUUAACAAAAAAUAAGAGCGAACAGCUGGAACAGAUUCUAUCAAAACUGCGAAACGACGGUUUUGUGUUGACACGAGAAAAAUUACCCAAGCUCGAGAAUCUUUCAGCACUCUCGAAAUAUAACUUGGAUGUGAUUCUAGAGAAAAACACCAGCACAGAGAGUAUCAUACUCUUGAAAAAGAAAGCUCAACCGAUUAAAAAAACAGAGAUUGUUCGUAUUAACAACAACGAAUUCACUUGGCUCGAGAAGCUAAAUUCUAUUAUGAACAUGGAAAACAAGACUGUUGAUAAUACGAAAAUAAUACUCGUCGGCGAGAAGGAUUCCGAUUCUGGCUUGCUGGGCUUUGUGAAUUGUCUGAGAAAAGAACCAGGCGGAGAAAUGAUCAGAGGUAUAUUAAUACAGGACACCGAAGCUCCUGAGUUUUCUCUACAGAACUCUUUGUACACAAAACAGCUUCAGCUAGAUCUGCCUAUUAACGUAUUACGACCAGGAAAAAUAUGGGGGUCCUAUAGACACGAACCAGUUUCUUUAUCAAAAUUAAAGCCUGUUUAUCAUGCAUUUGUUAAUCAAAAGAUACGCGGCGAUUUGAGUUCGCUUCAUUGGAUUGAAGGCCCUAUACGUCCUAACACUAACCAAAAGGAUUUGGUUCAUGUAGUAUAUUCGCCUAUCAAUUUCAAAGAUAUCAUGUUUACUACAGAAAAACUUACUCCAGAUACAACUUCAAUGCAAACUCGAUUCAACGACUGCUUGAUUGGCUUAGAGUACGCUGGUAUCGAUACCGCUGGCCGUCGUGUGAUGGGAUUAUGUGAGAAUAGAGGCCUAUCAAAUAUAAUCGUACCUGAUAAAAACUUUACCUGGCCUGUGCCUGACAAUUGGUCGCUGGAAGAUGCGGCUACCGUACCAUACGUAUACGCGAUAUGCUACUAUGCAUUAUACAUAAAUGCCGAAAUGAAGAAAGGAGACAAGGUGCUUAUUCAUUGUGGCACUGGCGGCGUUGGUCAAGCAGCGAUUCAUCUCGCCCUUCAUGAAGGUUGCGAGAUCUUUACUACCGUGGGAACACCCGAAAAACGCAAAUUUAUCCAUGAAAUGUUUCCAUCCAUCCCAGAUGAUCAUAUCGGUAAUUCGCGCAAUACCACUUUCGAACAACUGGUACUUACACGAACAAAAGGCUCCGGUGUUGACAUCGUUCUCAACUCAUUGCCUGACGAAAAACUCCAAGCAUCGGUUCGCUGUCUCGCACAAGGCGGUCGUUUCCUGGAGAUUGGCAAGUGUGAUCUUGUAUCGAGCAAUACCUUAGGAAUGAUGAUUUUCUUAAAGGAAAUCAGUUUUCAUGGAGUUAUGCUAGAAAAUAUGUUCGAUCCUGAUAUUAACAUGGAAGAUAAAUUAAAUCUGAGAAACUGUUUGGCCGAUGGUUUGAAAAACGGAGCUAUUAAGCCGAUCGUUAGAAAGAUCUUUGAAAAGAAUGAAGUGGAAGCGGCUUUCAGAUACAUGACGACUGGAGAACAUAUGGGCAAAGUGAUCUUAAAGAUUUGCGACGAAAAUCAGGUUGGAAAGAUACCAAUUCUUGCUCAGCCUCAAUAUUACUGCGACGGUAAUAAAAGCUAUCUUAUCCUGGGCGGUCUAGGCGGUUUCGGAUUGGAAUUGGCCGAUUGGCUAAUACUUCGAGGUGCUAAAAAUUUAGUGUUAACAUCCAGAACAGGAAUAAAGACCGGUUAUCAGCGUAUGAAGACCGAUCUAUGGAAGUCGUAUGGCGUGAACGUGUUGAUUAUUCCAGACGUGGAUGCUGCAAAACGUGAAGAUUGCGAAUUUAUAUUAAAAUCCGCAGCAAAACAAGGUCCGGUAGACGCCAUUUUCAAUCUUGCCGUAGUACUGAAGGAUAGCAUUUGUAAAAAUCAAAGGCCAGAAUCGUUUAAAGAAUCCUUCAAGGCGAAAGCCUGGUCUACCAAGAUGUUAGAUGAGUUAUCCAGGAAAUUGUGUCCGGGACUUCGGCAGUUUGUAGUAUUCUCUUCGAUUUCCUGUGGACGCGGAAACGCUGGGCAGACGUAUCACGGUAUGGCUAAUUCUGUAAUGGAGAGAAUCUGCGAGCGCAGAGUGGCGGACGGCUUGCCGGGCUUGGCCAUUCAAUGGGGCGCGAUCGGUGACGUUGGCCUCGUCGCCGAAUGGCAAGACGACGACAAGAAAUUAGUUGUUGCCGGUACCUCGCAGCAAAAGUUAUCCUGUUGCCUCGAAAAGCUGGAAGACUUUUUAUUGCAAAAUCGUCCAAUAGUAUCCAGCAUGGUAGUGGCUGAAAAACAUGUGGAUUCUUAUAGUACUAUUAAUGUUGCUGAAACUGUGGCGAAUAUAAUGGGUGUAAAAGAUAUCGAAACUGUAUCUCAGGAUAUAUCAUUGACCGAAUUGGGAAUGAAUUCGAUGAUGGCCAUAGAAAUCAAACAAAUCUUAGAACGUGAGUUUGAUGUUUUCCUCACUGCGUAUGAUAUUCGAACUUUGACUUUUGCCAAACUGGCUGAGAUACGCGAUAAGAACGCAGAACAAGAGCAAGUGCAGAUUGACGAAGAGAAGAUCGAUAUAUCUAAGCAAUUGUUUAUCCGAGUCACGAGUAAUGAAGAUAUGAUUUCCGAUGUUUGUAUGGUAUUACCGACUAGGAAGGAUUCGCGUAAAGUCGAAUUAUUCCUCUUGCCGGGCAUAGAAGGUAGCGGACACGUAUUUAAUUCAAUAGCGUCGAGAAUCAGACCAAUAGCGACGGCCUUGCAAUAUGGUACGAAUAAUAUCGGGAUCACUCAUCAAAGUAUACCAGAAUACGCCGACCAUCUUUUACCGAAUAUUUUACCAAAGGCGGAGGAGGAAAGAACCUUCAUUUUGAUUGGAUAUUCAUACGGCUCAUUAAUCGCUAUUGAAUUGGCGAGACGAUUGGAACAUCAAGGCUUGAACGGUCGAUUAGUGUUGAUUGACGGUGCGCCUGAUUUAAUGAAAGCGAUGAUAGAACAAUAUUUACCAUCUCAAACGCAGGAGGAACUUCAGAAUAAUAUUUUGCUCUACAUCAUGGAUAAUCUACAACCAGCUGCGAGCGGAAAGUUAAUUUUAGAUUUCGAUAAGUGCACGACUUGGGAACAGAAAUUAGAUAGCUUUGUUUCACAUCUUGCUUCCGCUGACAUAUCACUUUCCAUUGAAAAUCAAAAAGCAUUAUGCACAACUUUAUAUAGUCGUGUCCUUGCUCUUCAAAAGUACGACGCAUUGUCUUUGCCACGAAUUCGAGCACCUAUAACACUCUUGAAACCUACACAAUCAUCUACCUAUAUGGCUGAAAAAGAUUAUGGUUUGCGUAAGAUUACGCGAGACAAGGUGGAAGUGCAUUACGUUGAAGGUAAUCACGUUACAAUGUUGAAUAACGAUAAAAUUGUUCUCGCGAUUAAUGGAGAACCGCUGAUUGAUCCUCAAGAAUUUAAGAAACUCUUAAACGAAGAUCAGCCACUUGAAUGCGAAGAGCAGGAACAUAUGAGAGAAUAAAUAUAGCUAGAACGUGUUUCCUAAUAUAUAUCUGUUUAAUAUAUAUCAAAAAAGAGAAAUAAAUUAAUAAAUAAAUAAAUAUAUACAUACACACAUGAUGUAUGUAUGUAUAUGGGUGUGUGUGUUUACCGUAAGUUUAAGAAUUGCAAAUGAACAGUUUAAUUUAAUUUAAAAAUUAUGAGUAAUGGCUAAAAUCUUUUAAAAAUUAUUUCAACGAUAUAUCAAAAUCAUCUGCAGAUGCUACUAAAGUAAACAUUUACAAUGAAAUU